CCAACACCGGGCCCCCAAACAGCUAAAUCUUUUCGAAGGGGAUCAGAACCUUACCCCUACAAACCCUCCAGAGGUGCAGGAUCGGGUUUAGGGGCUUAUUUCUCCGAGUGAAAACGGAGAGAUUUCGGAGUUGUGUGCAGCUGUGGACAUUUAAAAGGGGCGGGUUGAUGUCUCGGGGUCGACAAAGUCAGCGCCGACUGUGAUAUGCCGCGGGAUAAGGGUGAUUGACAGCUGGGGGCGUCAUACUGACCGCUGAUUGGUCCAACGCGCGUCACUGCUGUCACGCUGCUCAUAAAAUUCCCACAGUGUGCGUUCCAUAAUUAAUCAGGAGGGAGCUCGUUCAUUGGUCCACUCCGGCUGUGCUGCAUACUUUAGACCCCGCGUCAGAGCUGUGUACCCAGCUGACGUGAAAAAAUUGUGUUGUCGCUGAUACUCCGUUCAUAUCAAACGCGAACUUGCGGACGGUACAUCGUACAUGCACAUCAGUUCUCUUCGAGUCACAGCAUCCAUCUUGUAAUUCUCCGACCUCUCAGCCCGAGGAAUUUAUACUCCUUCAACUUUCAAGAUGAAGAACACACUUGCCGGUCAGAAUUUAGCUCAGUCCUCCCACUCCUUAGCGUCGCAAUCUCAUCUCGCGAUGCACAGAACUCGUCCCACUGAGGAGAGUAUAAUGUCGCAUCAUCACGCGGCAGGAGGAUCAGGAGUGCAUCCCAAGAAAGCCACAACAUCCUCCUCCAAGAGUCGCGCCUUCAACUACACGAUGCACGACUGCUACGAGAGACUCAAGGAGCUAGUGCCAACCAUCCCCAAGAACAAGAAGAUCACACGGGUGGAGAUCUUACAGCAUGUCAUUGAUUACAUUCAGGACUUGCAGUCGGCUCUGGAAUCACACAACAUCAAUGUCAGGAGGUCCGCGAUGCCUGGUAUGCCUGGUGGCCAGAACAGCAGAACACCCUUCACAUCCCUGACGCCCCAGCAAAACCUCGACAUGUUGAGCGGGUUAGCGGACUUAGAAAACUGCGACUGGCAAAGAACAUUGCUCAAUCUGACGUCAUCGACAAGAGGAACAAAGUUACACCCCUACGAGACGCCCGACAGCUCACCUGAGGCAUUAUCAACGUGUAGUUGCUAGCGAUUUGUCGACACGUGUACAUAAUGCUGUAAAUAUGAAAAAGCUGUACAUAUGUGAGUCGUCUUUAUACGAGAUACCCCUAUGACACUGGCCACACUACGAGGACCUAUCUGUAUACACCGUAGCUCCGGGUGCCGACUGCUACCGUCAACUCGACACUUUAGACGGCAGACGCGUUGCACGGAUCACCGGUGUCACAGUAUCUCUCCUCGGAGGUGUUAAUACCUGUACAUGUAGUAACACUGCGCGAGAGAUCAGCGCUGGCACCUGUUUAUGCAUUAUUCAGGCGUAUAUCACUCAGUCACGAGAAGGUGGCAGCACGUCUGAUGACACGCUUAUACAUAAAUUCAUAUCGUGGGUGAACCAUGGUGCUUACUGCAUACAGUUCAGUACUCUUUGGUUAGAACUAGAGGAAUUUUUAAACAGCCUUUGAGAACAAAAUACUACAUUUACCCCCGAACAUUUAUUCAUUGAAAACCAAUUCAUUGACUUUUUCGAUUUUAACAUUGGGACUUGAAGAGUUGUGUCAAUUGUUUUUCUGUGUUUUUUUUGGGAUGGAACAUAGUUCCAAAAUAAAAUGGAAAAAAAAAGAUGAAUUUUGAGGAACGAUAACAUCAAGUCACACAAUAAACAUUACCAAAAGAUUAUUGGAAUUGAAACACUAGGCUUGUUAUUAAAGUUCGCACCCAAUUAUUCUAAUAAAGGUUAUUCCAAAAUAAAUCAAAUAUUUGUGAUUAUCCGGCUUUGUAUCUUAAGAAGAUAAGACUAAAUUCCAAUUUAUUUCAUAGGUGGCUUUUAAGCACUGGAGUCACUACAACAAUAAAGAUUGAGUACUCAUAUAUGGUAUUACUUGUGUCAAUUAAAUUGACAUUAUUACAGAGAUGUUGAAUGUUAGCGAUAUAUUUUGUAAUGUACGUCAUUCAUGUGUUGUUGAAACUUGCCACGAUAUAGCUUUGAUUGCAACCUUGCACAUUUCUUUGUAAACACACAAAUUGUCUUGGCUGUUACUAUGUUAUUUGUCUUUUUGAGGUCAAACGGUGUUAAACGGGGGCAAUGUUCGAUGUAAAAAAAAAAGAAGAAAACCUUGGUGGGGUCAUCCACGCUGAAAAUGUCUCAUUGUUGCUCGAGAAACUGUCCUUGUAAGACGAACAAUCGCUGGGUUUCUAUUUAACAGAGCCGAAUGAUAGUCUUUGUCCCUUCUUUACAUUACAGUGCUUCCCCGUCGGGUGUUAAACCUUCUGAUUUUUGUGACAACUUCCAGACCCUUUUCUGUGGUCAUUAUGGAAAUGGAUGAGUAGGUGACCAGCAGAAACCUGUGAAAUCAAGCUGUGACCGAGAACAUGAAUUUAUUCAUGAAAUCUAAUCAAAUCCGUAAGCCGUGCGCCAGUACGGAACCUUCCAAAAGUAAUUAACUUCGUCCGCAAGAAAACCAACCCGCAUAUUUCUCUUAUACUCCUUGUGAAGUACCCUUACAUUUUGUCCUGGUUCUGUCUUUCAGUAAAGCGCCAGAAAAUGAAAGGAAAGUUCAGAAAAAAAUGCUAACUAACAAUACGUCCUACCAGGUUUUGUUAUCGUUACCCGAUAUUUGACCAGCUUUUUAUAACUGUCCGUUACUACAAUAUACAUGUACCUUUGAAGAAUGGAAGAUUUCUAAAACAAUAUAUAAUAUAUUUAUACAUGCUUAAAAUCUCGUCAAACCUUGUUAACACCUUGACUUUCUUUGGUUACAUUAUACAAUUGUAAUGAGUACUUGCUCGUGUUGAAGACAUUUACGUUUUGGGACCAUUACAUUUAGAAUUUUAAACAAAUGUUCUAUGUUUUGUAUCAGAGAUUGAAUUGUGGUUCAUGCGAACCGUUUGAACAAUGUGAAGUUGCAUUGAAAUAAUGUGGCUCUCCAAUGUCAUAUAAAUAUUACGGACAUUCGGCUCAUUCUUUAUCUUGAUAUGUUAUGUCUACAUGUACAUGUAUAUAAUGAUUGUUAUAAAAGAAUAAAAAACACUCGAAGAAUUUAA